AUGGUCGAGUUGUCCCCACCUUACUUUGCAGCCAACUCCUCGAAGGUCUUGCGAGUACAACUUCGUGUGGAGCCACCAGUACGCUCGCAGUCAAAGCGGAAGCUGGCCCCCACCAUACCCACCAUAUCUCGACCAUCUCGUCCCCGACAGGGCAGGACCGGCAAGAUCUCGAAAACAUAUUUCGUGGGCAUCUUUGCACCGCCUCGUUCUAAGAGCAAGAUCUCGUCGAAAGAAGCUGCACGGGAGCUGCAAUCAGUAUCCGUGCAUGAGCAGACGAAAGCAGAGCAACGGAUUUGUUUCCGGGAGGGUCGUGCGAAUCGCUUCCUCUUCGACCGGGCCUUCCCUGCCUUGACCAACGAGGCCAUCCUGCCCGGCUGGCAAAGGGAGAAAGAGGAGGGCCCAACUUUGGUGAAACCCACGCUCUCCUCGCUCCGACGAAAGCGCACCAUGGACCUCGACCGUCUCGACCGUGACAGUGAGAGCAGCCCCAAAAGCCUUGCGCCCUGGAAGCCGGCAGACAACUCCCGCAAGAUUGACCAUCCCGGGAAUGUGGCCUUGUCUAGAGUCAGGGCACGAAGUGCAGGAGAGACAAAGCCGCACAUAAAUCGCCGAAAGACACUGACGGCACAGCAAUUGGAAACAUUCGAGACGCGCGCUGCGGGUCGAGAACGUGCUGAGAGGAAAGGAUCCGAGCUGAAGCUCGGAGAGCCAGUCGAGCCGGCCGAGGGCAGGAAAGCGAAGCGACGAGAAUCGUUUCGUGAAGCGUUGGGCACGCGACGCCAUGUCGGCAUUACGCUAGCCGGAUCGGGCUGCGAUGGGCGCGGGCUUUGUGCAAGCCUCGAAAUUGUUAGAGCCUUGCAGUCUGUCGUGCCUGGUAUUGCGCCAGGCAGUGCCUGGGCUCAACGUGAUAUUGGUCCUACUCUGCGGCGUUUCUUUGGAGCCUACUACAAUGGUGAUGUCUGGGCAGUGUACAGGCGAUACAAAAAUAUUGAUGUGGAAAAUUCCGGAUGGAUCAGCUAUGACGAGCUCGGUGAGAUCCUGUUCUUGCCAGAGUUCAACUUACUUUUUAUCUUUGAUGCAUUCAGCCAGCAGAAUGCCCUCAUCGACAGCCGCGAGCUGCUGGUAAUGGUUUGCCUGUUCAGCUCCUCCAAACUGUCCGAGAAAUGUGGCGUGUUCAUGACUCUGUUCGAUAGCUCGCACAGCGGAACAUGCACUGCUGCAGAGGUAGCGAGCUUCGCAACCUUGGCACUGCAAGUUCUGGGUCGCUGCACAGGUGCAUGUGUGCGAGGAAAGGACAUUGCAGCUGUGAUGCAAGAGGAAUUGUCUGAUGUUCUACCACAGUACCGCGAAGCUGAAAAUCGUCUCGGCAUGGAGGCAACCUUCAAAGAAGAACGCAUCUUCGGCCAAGACGAAAUCGAUGAGAUUUGUUCGACAUUCAGGCCCAGGAUCAACCCGGGAUAUUGUUGCUUUGGUGAUGAUAGUAAUGAUGUGAUACAUGCAGCAGCAACAACAACCAGACCGGCAGCGACUACAACGACAGCAGCAGCAUCAGCAGCAGCAGCAACAACAGCAGCAGCAACAACAACAACAACAGCAAUGACGACAACUAGAACAAUAACACGAAUAAGGGCAAGAGCAAGAGCAAGAACAGGAUCAAAGCUAAGACAGCUAAGAGCAGCUAAGAUGCGCGGUCCAAGCCUCCAAGGAGGUGCAUACUCACUUGAAAACAGAAUUGGCGACUGGGCAGAUUGCCCCCCUGCGGAACUCGGCUUGCACGAUGAUUUCUGA